AUGUCCGACCAAUCCUUGCCACUCCGAAACAAAAGUGUCAUCUCGGACCUUCGACGAGAGUACAAACAACGCGUGUCCAACUUUGCAGAGGACAUCGCUCAGGUCUAUGAGCUACGCGCCAAGGUGGACAGAGCAAACCGGGACUUCAAGGAUGGACUCGGAAAGGACGUCGAUCGACUGCUGCUCCUUCACUCUGAAAUCAUAAAGGGAUCCGAUGCUGUUAAAACGGGAGACUCCCUUCUGCUGACUGAGGGGGACAUCAUAGCCCUCUACCAUCAGCUUGGCACCAAGGUUGUUUCAGAGCAUUGGUAUGAGUGCGUCCUUGAGAACAUUUGGGAGAACGAGAAAGUUAAAGCGCAAGAGAAGAUGGUCAGAGAAAAGCACUACGAGCUAUACCAUCAGAAGAGGCGCCCACGCAUGACUUGUGACAAUGGCUAUUAUACACAUCGUAUGCAUUGGUAUGCUGAACGUCUGUUUAGUCGAGAGAAUACAACUGAAGACGGGCCACUGCCAGUCAAAAUUGUAAAGAGGCUUGCAUUCCUGGAGCUGUAUGGAGAGGCAGAUGUUUCGGAGUCCGACUUUGAGCAGGAUCUGAGCGCCCGGACUGAUAUUCUAAUUGACGCCCUCAGGCCCGCGGGAGUUGAAAGCAAAGAUUCCAUCUUGUGGAUGGAGCGUAGAUAUGGAUGCAGGAGCCGCAGGGACGGUUAA